AUGGCCUCGAGGGAAGCAGGCUCACACCUGCAAGACGACGUGCUGCGGCACAGUUUAGACAAGCCAGAGGAAUUCUGGGCUCGCCAAGCCGAACACUUGCACUGGCAUAAAAAGCCGACCGAGACCUUGCGUCACACACGACGAGCUCUGAAGGAUGGAAGCGUAACCCACGAUUCGUGGGAGUGGUUCCCCGGCGGCGAGAUAUCUACAUGCUACAACUGUAUUGAUAGGCACGUGGAGGCCGGUCGAGGUGAUAAUGUCGCCAUCUAUUACGACAGCCCCGUGACCAAGACCAAGGAGACAUACUCGUACCGCAGGUUGCUCGACGAGGUUGAAGUUCUUGCCGGUGUGUUGCGAUCCGAGGGCGUCAAGAGGGGAGAUGUUGUCAUGCUGUAUAUGCCGAUGAUUCCGUCUGCUUUAAUAGGCAUGUAUGCAGUGAACCGUCUCGGUGCCGUCCAUGCCGUCGUUUUUGGCGGCUUUGCCCCCAAUGCUCUCGCACAGCGCAUCGAGGCAUGCAAGCCUGUUGCUAUACUAACGGCAUCAUGCGGAAUCGAUGGAAAUAAGCCGCCUAUUGCCUAUCAGCCGUUAGUGGAAGAGGCCAUCAGGAUUUCACCGCACAACCCUCCGAAGACCUUUAUCUGGCAACGGCCGCAGGUUAGGUGGAAUCCUGAUCGCAACAGCGGUCAAGCUACAUGGCAAAAGGUGGUGAGGAGUGCCCGCGCUAGGCAAAUCAAGGCCGACUGUGUGCCUGUUGCGAGUACUGACCCCGUUUAUAUUAUCCAUACGUCCGGCACAACUGGUGCGCCCAAGGGUGUCAUGAGAGAUGCUGCUGGUCACGCCGUGGGGCUCAAUCUCUCGAUAAGUUAUCUCUUCAACAUUCAUGGGCCUGGGGACGUUGCCUUUACAGCAUCCGAUAUUGGAUGGGUUGUUGGCCACUCAUACAUUGUCUACGCGCCAUUGUUAGCUGGUGCGUCCACCGUUCUCUACGAGGGCAAACCCGUUGGCACACCAGAUGCUUCGGCGUUUUGGAGGGUCGUGGAAGAGUACGGGGUCAACAUGAUGUUCACGGCACCUACUGCUCUUCGAGCUAUCAGGAGGGAUGACCCGGAAAACAAGUUCUUGUCCACCAUCGGUGGUCGAGGGGGUCUCCGAAGCCUGAAAUCAUUGUUCUUAGCAGGGGAGCGCUCGGAACCUUCCCUCAUUUCUAUGUACCAAGAACUCUUAAACAAGUACGGCGCUCCGGAUGCACACGUCAUCGACAACUGGUGGUCCAGCGAAUCUGGUUCGCCCAUAACUGGCCGUGCCUUGGUUCCUCAUACUGGUGCGGACCGAGCUUCGUUAAUCCGAAACCACCCACCUGCCACUAUUAAGCCCGGAAGUGCUGGCAAGGCGAUGCCUGGGUUCGACGUCCGUGUUGUGGAUGACGAGGGUCGUCAAGUAACAAAGGGUAGCAUGGGCAACAUUGUCUUAGGCAUGCCGUUGGCCCCUACGGCGUUUCGAACGUUGUGGGAGGAUGAGGAGAGGUUUUAUAAGAGUUACUUGAAGAGAUUUGAUGGUAAGUGGCUGGAUACAGGAGACGCUGGCAUGAUUGACGAGGAUGGUUAUGUGCAUGUAAUGAGCCGGAAUGACGAUGUGCUAAACGUCAGUGCACAUCGACUAUCGAGUGGCGGCAUUGAGCAAGCAAUCACGUCUCACCCUCUCGUUGCCGAGGCCAGCGUUGUUGGAAUCCCAGAUGCUAUCAAGGGUCAACUGCCUUUUGCCUUCAUCACCCUUUCUACGGCCGACCAUCCCGCAUCAGCAGUACCCGAUGAAAAGGUUGCUUCUGAAAUUCAAGCCUUGAUACGAAAACAAGUGGGAGCCAUUGCGUCGCUUGGAGGUAUCAUCCAGGGCAAAGGUAUGAUUCCCAAGACUCGCUCGGGCAAGACUCUGCGACGAGUUCUACGCGAAUUAGUAGAAAAUGGCGUGCAUGGCGAGUUUGACAAGAAGGUAACAAUACCGAGUACUGUUGAGGAUUCGUCGGUCGUGGAGGUUGCGAGAACCAAAGUACGCGAGUACUUUGAGAGGAGUGAUGGGAAACAUGCGGCCGUUGAAGGACUAAAGUCGAAGCUAUAG